AUGGCGAGCCCUGUAGCCUCGGCGGCCUUGAAGGCGCGCAUUCGCCGCCCUUCGAUGCUGAACAAGCUCUGCCACCCCGAGCAGCUGCUGCCACACUUCCCCACCGGCUCAUACAUUGGCUGGUCCGGUUUCACGGGAGUUGGAUACCCAAAGAAGAUGCCCACGUACCUGGCCGACCACGUCGAGAAGAACAACCUCCAGGGCAAGCUGCGGUACAGCCUGUUCGUGGGCGCCUCGUCCGGUGCUGAGACAGAGAACAGGUGGGCUGGCCUGGACAUGAUCGAGAGGAGGAGUCCGCAUCAGGUUGGAAAGGCCAUCGCCAAGGGUAUCAACGACGGCAGGAUCAACUUCUUCGACAAGCACUUGUCCAUGUUCCCCGUGGACUUGGUAUACGGUUUCUACACAAAAGACAAGCCCAACAAGAAGCUCGACGUCGUGGUGGUGGAGGCAACUGAUAUCUUGGAGGACGGCAGCAUCGUCCCGGGCGCGUCCGUUGGAGCCACCCCUGAGCUGGUUCAGAUGGCCGACAAGGUCAUCAUUGAGGUCAACACCUCCAUCCCAAGUUUCGAGGGCCUGCACGACAUCACAAUGACCGACCUGCCCCCCAAGCGAAAGCCAUACCUGAUCAUGGGCGUCGAGGACCGCAUUGGCACGACGUCGAUCCCCAUCGACCCCGAGAAGGUGGUUGGCGUGCUGCACUCCGACUACCGUGACCAGACGCUCCCCAACUCGGCCGCGGACGAGGGUUCGCAGCAGAUCGCCAACCAUAUCAUCGAGUUCUGGACCCACGAGGUCAAGCACGGACGUCUGCCCGACUCUCUGCUCCCAAUCCAGUCUGGAAUCGGCAACAUCGCGAACGCUGUGGUUGGAGGACUGAAUGACUCUAACUUCAAGAACCUGAAGGUGUGGACCGAGGUCAUCCAGGACACCUUCCUCGACCUGUUCGACUCGGGCAAGCUGGACUUCGCGACGGCCACCUCAGUGCGCUUCUCUCCCGACGGCUUCAAGCGUUUCUACGACAACUGGGAGGCGUACCACAACAAGCUGCUCCUCCGGUCGCAACAGGUCUCCAACUCGCCCGAGAUUAUCCGGCGGCUAGGCGUCAUCGGCAUGAACACGCCGGUGGAGGUGGACAUCUACGCGCACGCCAACUCGACGUGCGUCCUGGGUUCGCGCAUGCUCAACGGUCUGGGCGGCUCGGCCGACUUCCUGCGGUCGUCCAAGUACUCCAUCAUGCACACGCCCUCGACGCGGCCGUCCAAGACGGACCCGCACGGCGUGAGCUGCAUCGUGCCCAUGUGCACGCACGUCGACCAGACGGAGCACGACCUGGACGUGGUGGUCACCGAGGCCGGGCUCGCGGACGUGCGGGGCCUGAGCCCGCGCGAGCGCGCCCGCGUCAUCAUCGACAAGUGCGCCCACGACAUCUACCGCCCCAUCCUCAAGGAGUACCUCGACAAGGCCGAGUGGGAGUGCCUGCGCAAGGGCAUGGGCCACGAGCCCCACCUGCUGUGGAACAGCUUCGACAUGCACAAGGCCCUCGUCGAGGAGGGCAGCAUGGCCAAGGUCCAGUGGAAGUAG